AUGAAUGGGAGUGCUAAUGGAAAAAGUAGAACCCCCAAGCUGGGGCAACUGGAAACGAACUUUGGGAAUGAAAUGAAACGGUUCGGGUCUCAAGAAAGCCUAGGAGAGACAGAGCCUGGCAAGCUGUUUAUCACUAUAACGGAGUACAAUAAACGCAUGGAGGAUGAGCUGGACAUGAAGCCAGGCGACAAAAUACGGGUGAUAACUGACGAUGAAGAAUACAACGACGGGUGGUACUACGGACGCAAUUUGCGAACCCAAGAAGAAGGUCUGUAUCCCAAGGUAUUUACACAGGAAAUAUCGACUCCUUCGCUGGUGAGAGCGAAGUCUGCCCGCAGAGUGGCCAGUCCGCUUGCCAAUGGCAGCACGACGGAUCUGUCGACCUUUUCUAACGACGGCUCCACCAGUGAACUGCCCACUCCCCACCCUUUGGAGACAGCAGCCCCUGUAAAGCUGAGCCUCGACCGUAGUGCUUCAGUAAAAGUAACCAUGAGGGACAUCGAUAAGGCCCUAGAGGAUUUUCGCGGGGAUACGCUCACAGCGGGAACGCUGCAGCCUGGGAAUAGAGAAGAUAUGAACACUACGACUACCACCACGGAUAGUGAUACUGACAUGUCGCGACAACAUAUUUUACGCAGCUCCAACUCAGUCCACUCGUUAACGAAUGAUACCUCCUUUGGAUCUACAUCUAUUAAUGGGAUCGAUACUAAAGAGUUAACGCCCUUAAAUGCCCAGAACUGGACCCCCGAGCAGGUAACUGCAUAUUUUAUAGGCUCUGGCUUCGAUGUUGAGUCGUCAAGCAGAUUUCAACAACAUAAAAUUUCGGGAACCAUUCUACUUGAGCUGGAGCUGGCACACUUGAAAGAGCUGGAUAUCAACUCUUUCGGUAUAAGGUUCGAAAUCUACAAGGAAAUUGAAGCGAUAAAAGAUGUCAUCAACACAAAGGAUCCUGUGAGAUUACCGAGUCAGCUGAUGCCCGCAGCGGCUGUUAAUCAACGCUCUUACAUGGGUCACACACGCAAAACUUCUCAAUCAUUAGAGGAUCUUCCAACAAAGCAUUCUACUGUGGACCCGUCAGCUAGUCAAAGUCGAACGGGUAGCAAGCACAGGCCAUACUCUUUGGUGCUUAAUGGGCGCGAGUCAGCCUCUCAAGGUCCAGAAAAGGUGGUUGCCUCCAUGGGUUCCUACGAUGACAAAAAGAAAGCUCAACCAACCAAACCACAAAUUGAUGAUAACCAUUUUCUCUCUCCCAGAAGAGCUCCAAAGCCGCCCUCAUAUCCAAGUCCAGUCCAGCCACCAAAAUCACCUAUCACACAAAGCUUUACGCCCAGCCCAUCAAUUGCUAGCUUCGCUCAAAAUGCUCGCAACGGCGCCCCAACAAUAUUCGAACGCGCCACACACAUGGAAAGUCGGCCAAACACCACCUCCGAAUUGCAAACGCCAAGCUUUCAGUUUCCCAAAACCACACCUCCUCAACUCUUAUCGGAUACUCCAGAAGGGAACGAGAAUGCAGAGCUAGAGCACACCAAAAACCUGAACGUGAUUCAACCUUCUGACAAUUAUGCAGGUAACAGAAGUUCGGUAAUUUAUUCUGGACAACAAGGCCACAAGAAAGCUAAAUCAGGUGGUUCUUUUGCCGACAUUUUUAAUCGAAUCUCUCUUAUGUCGCCAGGGGCACCCAGAGCUACUCAGAGUGAUUUUGAGGGUCUUGCAUUGGAAGAGAGUCAACUUCAAAGACCAAGCUCGAGUAUUUAUGAGCACUCGCGAACUGCCUCACCCAGCCAUAUUAAGCACCCCUCUCAAGUUACUGCUGAGAUCAAGAGACAUAGAAGGAAUUCUUCGAUAUUGUCGUUCUUCUCGAAUAAAGGCGAAGAAAAUGUCAAGUCGCCUACUAAAAAAAACGGUUCCAGACAUGCUUCGGUUUCACACAGUAGAAAGAAUUCUGCUAUGAGCUACAAUGCAUCUAGACCUUUUUCUCCUGAAAAGGGAUCCAGGUCGCCAAAUAAAAGGCAUUCUGUGCUUGUAUCGCCGGUUGUUGCUCCAAUUUCACCGGUCGACGAAUCGUUGACUACUGAGGAAAAGCGUAGAUCAGUUAGUGCUAAGGAACCUAGUAGCAAUUUAGCGACCACAGAUUCGGAUUUAUUCUACGAUGCUAAAGAAGAUACCCUAGAUGACACGAAAAACAAAAGGUCAGUCAGCGAAGCUGUCAAGCCUAAGUCAACGCGAAGCAAGUCUAGUAAGAACUUGCCCAGAAAAAUGAAGACCUCCGCUUUUAUGGAAGGUAUCAGAACUAUUAGUGUUAUGGAUGCCAUGACCGAAUCUGACUGCUCCGGCUGGAUGAGUAAGAAAGGUUCUGGCGCCAUGGGCGUUUGGAAGAAUCGGUUCUUCACCCUUCACGGGACCAGGUUAUCGUAUUUUUCUAGUACUACCGACACGAGAGAGAGAGGUCUGAUUGAUAUCACCGCACACAGGGUUCUUCCGGCCAAGGAGGAUGACAAACUUGUGGCCCUUUACGCUGCCAGCACAGGUAAAGGACGGUAUUGCUUCAAGCUUCUUCCGCCCCAACCUGGCUCUAAGAAAGGCUUGACCUUUACACAACCCCGUGUGCACUACUUUGCCGUUGAUACUAAGGAGGAGAUGAGAGCAUGGAUGGCAGCACUGAUAAAGGCUACAAUAGACAUCGAUACUAGUGUUCCUAUCAUCAGUUCUUGCGCUACUCCUACGGUGUCAUUGAAUAGAGCUCAGGAAAUGUUGUCUCAGGCGCGUGAAGAAACGAGGCAGCGGGAGGAGCAGCGAUUUUUGAAUGAGGAAGAUGAGGACCAGAUGCUCUGGGAACAACAACAAAGAGCCGAGCAUAGUCUAAAUGAGGGCUCAACUGACGGUUCGGCACCGAGUUCGACGGUACAGGUGAAUUCGAGCACUAAUUCAGGGUUUCAUAGCCCCUACCUAUUAGCAUCUGGGGUAUUAUCGCCUGGAACUCCACAAAACAACGGUCGUCUCCCGGAUCAACAGAACAACGACUACUUUCUGCUCGGCUCGAAAUACUCAAGUAAUAAAAUCUAA